GCAUUUACAGAUGUCGCCGGUGGCCGUAUGUUCGCUCCCACGAGGAUCUGGCGCCGCUGGCAUAGAAAGAUUAACGUUAACCAGAAACGAUAUGCCGUCAUUUCGGCGAUCGCUGCGUCUGCGGUUUCGUCGCUUGUGAUGGCGCGUGGCCACCGGAUUGAGACGAUGCCGGAGUUACCACUAGUUGUUAGUGACUCAGCUGAAGGUGUGGAGAAAACGCAUGCUGCAAAGGUUUUGAAACAGAUCGGUGCGUAUUCGGAUGCUGAAAAGGCGAAGGAUUCGGUUGGGAUUAGGCCUGGAAAGGGGAAGAUGAGGAACAGAAGGUAUAUUAACCGAAAAGGACCGUUGAUUGUGUACGGAACUGAGGGUGCUAAGUUAGUGAAAGCGUUUAGGAACAUACCUGAUGUGGAGAUUGCUAAUGUGGAGAGGUUGAAUUUGUUGAAAUUGGCUCCUGGUGGACAUUCAAGUAGGUUUAUGAUUUGGACGAAAUCGGCUUUUGAGAAGUUGGAUUCGAUUUACGGUUCAGUUGAUAAGGUGAGUGAGAAGAAGAGGGGGUAUGUGUUGCCCAGGGCGAAGAUGGAGAAUGUCGAUUUGGCGAGGAUUAUUAAUUCGGAUGAGGCGCAGUCGGUUGUGAAGCCGAUUAAAAAGGAGGUUAAGAGGGUGACGAUGAAGAAGAAUCCUUUGAAGAAUUUGAAUACUAUGCUGAGGUUGAACCCGUGUGCCAAGACUGCUAAGAGGAUGGCUGUGCUUGCUGAGGAUCAGAGGAAGAAGGCUAAGAAGGAGAAGCUUGACAACAAGAGGCAGCCCAUUUCUAAGGUUUAA